UACACAAACGCAUUCCUCGGCGUCCCCCGGCGCUGAGCCGGGUGUAGAGUUACAGGCGGCCGCGAAGGGCAGGAACGUGUCGCUCCUCCGCUCCGGCUCGUCGAGCGGCGUCCCAGGCCCCGCGCGGGGGUCCCGGCGCCCCGAGCGCGCCUGCCGCCUGGUGCCCGCGGUUCCCGCCGGGCAGGGGUCCGGUCGGGGGCCCCGGCCCUGCAGCCCUCCGAGCGCCCGAGCCCGUGGCCGCCGUCCUCGGUCCUCUCCGCCCCUUGACGUGCCGAAGGCCCUGGCUGUGGCCGGCGGCGCGGAGCAGAGCGUCUGGGGCCUGGCCGGAGCCCGGGCGCGACGGCUGGGGGUGGGGAGGCCGAGGUCCCGGCUCCUCCAGCCCCUUCCGCUGCCCCUCCUCUCUGCCCUCCUGCUCCCUCUUCCCCUCGCGUCCCGGCGGGCGCCGGCCCGGCCUCCUUCCCCUCCGAGGCAAAGCCACGAACUAGCGGCCGGUGCGCGCCCUUCCCCGCCUGCGCCCGCCGCCGCCCGACCCCUCCUGCGUCCAGGCCGCGGCCCGCUGGGCGGCAGCUCCGGCCCGACCCGCCCGGCCCGGGGCUCCCGCAGGGCCGGGGGAGGCUGGGCCUCGUCCUCCGGGGCCCCGGGUCGUGCGCGCCCCGAGGGGCGAGGCCUGCGGGCCGCGCUCCCGCCCGCCGCCCGGAGUCGGGGCUGGAAGUCCCUCCCCGAGCUCUGGAGCGGGCCAGGGAGGGAGAGCGGGCUGGAGGAGGGCCUCGCCGCUCCGAGGGAUGGAGGGGAUGGAGGCGGCGGCGGCCCAACCUGCCAGCGGCAGCCCUCAAGUGUCCAAGACCAGAACAGCCAGCCCCAUGCACAUGACCUCAGCUGUGGAGAGAAAUGGUCCUGAGCCACAACCAGACAAUGGACCUCUCCUGAGACCUUGGCCCCACCCUUGGGAAGACAGAACACCCAGCCCGAUGGCUCCCCAGCCUCCCAGCUUGUGGGGGGUGCAGAUCCAAGGCCCCUCUGUGCUGCAGUCCAAGGUGAGGGCUUUGAAGGAAAAGAUGGCAGCAGGUAAACAAGGGGCCAGCUCCUGCCCCACCUCCCAUGAGCAGUCAUCCCUCAAGAAACCCAAAUGCCGACGAGUCAAAGCCAGAAGAAUCCAGGCCCCAUCAGAGGGCUCUUCUCUGCCAGAGGCCAUGGUGGGCCCCCAUGUUCAGAACCCAUCCAACGGACCACUGGACAGCAGUGUCGAUGAGGAGGAACCUUCCAGGAACGAGGACUCCAGGCCUCCCUGGUCACCUGCCCUGGGGCUUGAGUGCUGGAAUGGGCAGAGCCCAUGGUCUCCAGAAGCAGUGUGGAUGUUGCCUGAUGGUGAGAGGGGUCUGCCACCAGAGUCUGGCUCUUUGCAAGAGAGUCCUACCCGCGGAAUUACUCCUGACUGCUUUGGAGGACCUCGUCCUUGUAAAGUCACCCACAUGCCCAGCUUGAAGAAAGGAAGACCAUGUGCCCUUCAAGAUGGUCUGGUCACAGGGGGAGACCUGGUCACUUCUCUGACCUUGGAAGAGAACUUUGUCCCCAGGGCAGCCCUGCUGCGGGGACUCUGGAGACCUGGAGGCCUGGAGGCUCUGGGCACUCCGGGUGGUGUCUUGUCCCUGUCUGACCGAGUGGAAAGGAACCGCUUGCUGCUGCAGGAGAUGCUGAAGGUCUCAGGACAGAGUCCUCCCAAGGCGGAAACCCCAGCCUGGACUCCGUCCUGGGACAGAGCUGUACCAGAGCGACCAUCGGGGGACGUGGACUGGGACUCAGGCAUCUCUCUGCAGGACUCAGACCAGAACAGGACCUUUGGUCCCAAGCCGGAGCCCAUGCUGAGUGCCAGGCAUGAGGAAGCCAAACAUCUGCUGCAGCAUGCCCGCAUGAAGGCCAGGACCCAGCCCCUCCGUGCCAACCAUGAUAUCGUGCCCGCCAUUGCUCAGGGCAGCCGAGAUGGCCAGAGCGGCCCAGCCCCAGCCCCCAGGAUGGCCUCUGCCUGCAGGGACAGCCUGCAGAAUGGGAGUGUGAGCGACAGCUCCCGCGAGGAGUCCAGCAGUGGGCAGUGGCCCAAGCAGGGCACGUCCCCGUCUCACGUUCGCUUUGAGGAUGAGACCGCCUGUGAGGCCGAGUUCCGCUACCUGGAGCGGCUGCAGCAGCGCCAGCGCCAGGUGCUGAGCACAGUGCUGCAGGCUGCGGGCCAGGGGCCACUGCGCUCCAAGCCCCAAGUCACCCACUACACUAACCGGGACGUGGGCGAGGUCGCGUUCCCCAGGUCCAUGGGUGGCUUGGACCGCAGGGCCCGCCUGGUGCCACCAGCCCCAUGGGGCAGCAAGGGGGAGUGCCGAGCCUGUGGCCAGUGUCUUCAGGAUGGACACCCUGCUGAGGGGAAGGUGCCCCCCGGCCCUGGGGCGCCCCAGGGACUGCAGGCUGCCCGUGGAGUGGAGGAGGUGGUGCUGCAGCCCCAGAGCUCCCGUGGCCUCAGCUCCCCACUCCAGCUCUUCCCUGCUGAGCCCGUGCCCCACUCAGAACGGAUCCCGGAAACCCACAUUGGAGCCACCACCAUGUGCCCCGAGGAGGGGGACUCUGCCCUGGACAGCACGGACACCUCAGACGGCUGCCGGACAGACAGUGAGGAAGCUGGGACCUCUCAGCCCAGCAGGACAGGUGGGUGGCCCAGAGGCGGCAGCCUCCAACAGCGGGGCUCCAGGCCUCAAGGAGGCCACAAGCGGUCCAAGAAGGCUGAGAUGGAGUCGUCCUGGGGCCCUGAGGCCCCGCAGGGGGUUGAUGAUGUGGAGGAGGGAGAUGAGGUGAAAGAAGGCAGAGGAUGUACACUUGAGGGGACUCUGUUUCUGAGAGAAGAUGCUGUCCCUAAGCCUCCUGAACUGGAACCUGAGAGGACUUCUCUUGGGUCCCAGAAACAACCUGGACCAGAACUGAGAAGUCACUGGACCCACCCUGUGGACUCCUGGGCUCCUUGCAGGACAACAGCUUCCAUGAAGUUUGGGCCCUCAGGACCAGGCAGACCAGACCAAGUUAUAGAAAGCCACAAGUCUCCUGAAACUGUCUGCACGUCCUCCUUGCAACAGAGCCAUGCAGAGCCCUCUGCCCAACGCCCAACCCAGCAGCCAGCCGCUUCUCUCUCCCCGGAAGGCUGGGUGCCAACACCUCCCUCUUCAAGGAAAACCACCUCCCCUGUGCCUCGCAGGAAGGCAGCACUCUCUGGACCCUGCAGGAAGGGGAACCAGGGAGAACCACCCUCUUCUCCAAGAACUAUGGUUCUGGAGACCUGUGGGCUCAGUAUCCCCCAGGCCCAGUCCUGCAGCCCCCAAGUCAGACACCCACUGUUGGCCCUCUCCACCAACAACUGCAACAACCAUAUCUCUCUGGGGCUGCAGGAGCCCUGGAGAGCAGCCGCCCACGGCGGCAGGGCAGAGAGGAGUCCCUGCGGCCAGGAGCCGGAUCUGUCCCUGGAGAGCAGCGGAGACGGAGGACUCCAGGGCUCUCGCACCUUGGCCGACACCGUCGUCAACUCCGUGGGCAUUACCCUCUCCCUGGCCUCGGAGGAGCUGGAGUCCGGCCAGGAACUGGAAGGAGGCCUGCAGAGGACAGAGUCCAGUUCUGGAGGGCAUGUGCCUCCCGGAGCGUCACCGGGGGCCAGUGCAGGGCCCAGGACACCCCCAGCUGCUGCUUCUGAAGUGAACAAGAAAAGGAGCAGCGGCCUGGCCUCCACCCUGGGACUGAAGAAGCUCCUCUCCGUCCUGGGCCAGACGUCCCGGCCCAAGCUGGGCAAGUCCCGUAGCUACAGUGUGGAGCAGCUGCAGCCUGCUGCGCCCAGCCCAGCCUCCAGCAGCAGCGCCUCCAGGGUGAAGAGAGCCCCGUCGCUACAGUCCCUGCCUCUGGUGUCACCCUCCCACCAACGUCGGAAAGCUUCCUCCUUUCAGAACCUCCAUUCUCUGCUGAGCGGUAAAGGGGACCGGUCCAGCCUGUACCUGGUAGAGGGGCCAGAAGACUCCAGUGCCCGAGGCAGGCUAGCCAAGGCCCCUCCCCGGCGGGCCCUCAGCGUGGAAGAUGUGGGUGCCCCCAGCCUGCCUCGCACCGUGGGCCGCGUAGUGGAGGUGUUUCCGGAUGGCACGAGCCAGCUGCAGCUGCAGCGCUCCCCGGAGGGCACUUUCGGCUUCUGUGUGACCUCUGGGAACGGGCGCCGGGACUCAGGGCUCUACGUGCAGGAGAUGGCUGACCCCGACACUGCCAAGCUGUACUCGGGGCUGCUCCGGGUGGGGGAUGAGAUCCUGGAGGUGAACGGGGCCAAGGUUGCUGGGCCAGGCCUGGCUCACGUCCAGGAGCUCCUGGCCCACUCGGAGAGCUUGUCACUCCGUGUCCUGAGGCAGAGGCCCGUCCCACGGUGACCCAGAAGUGCUGCUGGAAGCUCUGAACCGCCCAGGGGGGCAGGGGGCUGGGAAUGCGCUAUACAGAGAUACUCUGUGGACCAAUACCGCGGAUAAUGGUGACAUGCAGCCCCUCGGGCUGUGGCAGGGCUAGAAGUCUGUACGAUCACUAAUUCCUGUCCUUCUAUGCUCGAGGUGGUGGCAACACUGAUUUACUCCAUGUUGGGGCAGAGAGAGAUUCCAUGGGUCCUUUAGUGGCCCUGAGAGCUGGUCCCAUUCCCCUUCAAAGGUGCCCCCAGCCCCCAACACUGCAGAACCAAAGAUGGAGGCCACAUCCGCCACAUCUCUCCUCGCUCCCACUCGCCACCUUUGCUCCUGGAGUAAUGGACAUCAGCCAGCAAGCAAAUACCCCAACCAAACCUCCAGAGUGGCCUGAUGAGGUGCUCCACGCCCCUUCUAGGUGUGAGAGCAUCGGGGAGACGUUAUCUGGUACCCAGAAUAGUAAGGAUUUCUAGGAUUUUUUUUUUUUUUUAUGGUAUGUAAAGUUGAAGGGGAAAAAUGAAAUCAAGGCCAAGUUCAGGGAAGUGCAGCUGAGGUUGGCAGAAUCUGGCCUGUGGACGGCAGCAGCCCUGCCCUCCACCUCUGCCCCGGUUGCUGCAGCCAGACCUGGGAGGCCCCGGCUUUGUCCUCCUGUCCCGCCUGGAGACAGGGCUGCAGCUGGUGUCUGACUGCCCCCAGCUGCAAGCUUCCUGUCCAGACCUCCCUGGUGGCAGCCGUGGGCGGGAGGCGGGCAGCAGGGAGGCUAGAGAGAAGGGGAUGGCCAUUCCACCUGGGUGCUUCCUACUCUGGGCUUGGAUACAGCCAAAAGGUUGGCGCUCUGCCAGCGUGUGGCCAUGUGUCAGUCUUAAAUUAUUAAAAUGCAAGCUGAGGCUUCUGACUUGGACUGCUGAAUUCUGGGCUCACUCGAUCUUCACUGGCCCUUGGAGGCCUGGGACA